CUCUUAGAGACAGUGCGGCGACCCCAGCGUCGCGUCUACGCGCGGGAUUACAGUAACCCGUUUGUCAGUGAUGAGUCAGAAUGCGUGGUGCUGAUGCUGCUGCCAUUUCAUCACCUUUGCGAGCGCAGCAUCCAUCCCUCCGCUCUCCGAGCGCCUGGGCCUACCCCACUUCGGGCUCCCAGGGCAGCGAUGCGCUCGCGGCGGAGCUAGAUCCGGCCGAGCCGCGCUCUCUGAGGCGUCGGCGGCGCGCCCCCUCCCGCCGUCCCUGGUCCAAGCCAAGGAGACCUGCCGAGCCGCGGCCAUGGAGGCCAUCUGGCUGUACCAGUUCCGGCUCAUUGUCAUCGGGGAUUCCACAGUGGGCAAGUCCUGCCUGAUCCGCCGCUUCACCGAGGGUCGCUUUGCCCAGGUUUCUGACCCCACCGUGGGGGUGGAUUUUUUCUCCCGAUUGGUGGAGAUCGAGCCGGGAAAACGCAUCAAGCUCCAGAUCUGGGAUACCGCGGGUCAAGAGAGGUUCAGAUCCAUCACUCGCGCCUACUACAGGAACUCAGUAGGUGGUCUUCUCUUAUUUGACAUUACCAACCGCAGGUCCUUCCAGAAUGUCCAUGAGUGGUUAGAAGAGACCAAAGUACACGUUCAGCCCUACCAAAUUGUAUUUGUUCUGGUGGGUCACAAGUGUGACCUGGAUACACAGAGGCAAGUGACUCGCCACGAGGCCGAGAAACUGGCUGCUGCAUACGGCAUGAAGUACAUUGAAACGUCAGCCCGAGAUGCCAUUAAUGUGGAGAAAGCCUUCACAGACCUGACAAGAGACAUAUAUGAGCUGGUUAAAAGAGGGGAGAUUACAAUUCAGGAGGGCUGGGAAGGGGUGAAGAGUGGAUUUGUACCAAAUGUGGUUCACUCUUCAGAGGAGGUUGUCAAAUCAGAGAGGAGAUGUUUGUGCUAGUCAGCUCUUUUAUUUCCAAAACAUGCUCUCCUACUUGAACUGAAAAGUAAGAGAAAUAAAUAGAAUCUUUGUGUAACUGAUGAGAACUCAACCUCUGUUUGGAUACCAAGCGAGCCUCCUUCUCAGGGGGACUCUGACAGACUCAUGUGCGGGUGGAUGGGGGUGCCUGAGUGCUGUGACCAAGAGACUGAAUUGCUGACAUGGGUCAGGCUGGGCAGUGGCUGCUCCAUGAGCCCUUUGUGGACCAAAUGUUAAGGGCCUGGGGUUUAGGAAGCUAAGUCCCAGGAAAAUAUACCUACAGACAGGUUUUUGCUGGGUUUGGUCAAAAGGUACCAAUUAUCUUCUAACAGCUUAUCUGUAAAAUGAGGAACACAGAACAAAAGGUCUGGUGUUCAAGUAAAAAUGAUGUGAAUAUGAAAGGAAGUGCUAUCUACUCAUAGUUAUUAGCACAUUUGAGAAAAUGAACACCCUUGUGAUAGAAUUACCAGCUGUAUGAAACAAAUGGUCCCAUGCAAAUUACCCUGUAAGUAGGGAAGAGACACUAUAACACAUGCCAACCCCCUUUUAUCCUCUGACCAUGCCUGGGGUUUCACUGCAUUGGCACCUGCAAUCUGGAAGUAAACAGUCUGCUUGCUUCUUCAGGCACCUGACAGUGACAACACAGGGACUGCCUCUGAAAAGAGCUCUAAGGCACUCUCUCCUGCUGAAAAGGAGGCACUGUAACCCUUACAACAGCUUACAGUUACUCGAGCUACUUAUUUGAUCAGCAUAACAGGCAGAUGAGGUUUUUGCCCCAUUUUACAGAAUAGUAAAUUAAGAGCCAUGAGAAUCACUUGGCCAAGGUCAAGGACUCAUGACUCCUAGCUCUUUUCACUGCAUCAUACUGCUGUCAUAUAAAUAAAUGAUCAUGAAUUUGUUUACUUGGGAAGAGAUAUGACUGUAAAUAAAUGUUCUCUACAUGUUAGGAUAUGUUUUCCUUAUUGAUUACAAUUCAGCUAUAAUCCUGAGGGAACAUGAGAAGGAAUCAAGGUAUUGACAAGAGGGCUUUAAACAAGUGAAUAAUUGCACAACUAAAAACACUUUAGAACUGUGUGGUCUAUAAGUGUUCUUAUCACUGAGACACAGUGGAAUUUUAUUGAAAGGAACCACAUACAGCAAUGGGGAGUGGGAUAGGGAUAAAAUACUCACCCCACAAUGACCUUGGCCACCUGUCUGCCAUAUAGGUACACUGAGUUCCUGUCUACCCAAGAGAGUCAGCCUUUAAUUCUCAGGUGAACAAACAGCUAACUGCAUCAGCAAAUUGGAAUGGCUGGCUUGAAGUUUCCAUUAUUUUGUUGAAGAAAGGUGAUGCUUUAAAUUACUUUUUGGAUUGUAGCCAGUUCAGCUAGGCAAAAGCCAUACUUUCCACAAUUAAAAAGAAAUUAUUCUGAUUUGAGUCAGGUUUCUCAUAUUCAUUGUGAUAGGAAGGCCUAAGAACAGCAAAUCAUUUUGAGAUAAAUAUUGACCUUUGGGAUAAACGUGACUGAAUCUGAAAGUUUGGAAAUUUGCUUCAGCCAGAAUAAAGAAGCCAAAUAAUGAAAAUGAUGGAAGACUAUUCUGCCACCUGUGCCCCAAGUUGGAUGUGCAAACCACUUUGGAUCAAUUCACAGCAUCAACUACAAGUGAACUGAUCAUCUUCUCUAUAUUUAUUUCACAAGAGCUGGCUUAGGUGGGGUAAUUAAACUGCCACCUUCAUGAUUUUAAAAGACAAACAAAACACCGAAAAUUGGAUUAACACAAAAUUUCAUUAACUGCUAUACUUAAUUAUGUUUAGAAGAUUCUGAAAGGAAUCUUAUCUAGUAGGUAAAUGAGAGUUGAGUGGAUUCUGUCAGUUCAAAAAAAGAAACAAAACUUCUCUACAAUUUUCUUGACUAAAAUUAAUUAUAUGUACACUAUUCCCACUCCUGGCAUUUUUUUGGCAGGUUUAAAAAUAUUCAGCAUAAAUCCAGUAGAGGUGGCUGAGGUUAAUUGCUUAAAUAUGUUCUAGAAAAUUUAAAAAUCAUUUUAGUAGAAUUCAGUACCAUUGUUACUGCAAUAAGUGGGUUUUAGAAAAUAAGUGUGAAAAAUCAGGUGUUAAUAUAAUACUAAGGAUAAAGCUUUAGAAGCUAUUUUACUACAUAGGUAAAGAAAAGAUAAACUAACUUGUAACAAAGACGACAACUGCAUGUUGGAUUAGAUUGUCUCAUAUUUCAGAAUAAAAUGUACUGUAUACUUUUCCUCACUUUGUUGUGCACUGUAAUGAAAUGUGAAAAAUGCUUUAUUUAGCUGUAUGUGAAUGAAAAUAUGCUUGUAUUUAGUAAAAUGAUUGAUUACGUGA